CAACUGAACAAUUCAACAUGUCUGGUCGUGGUAAAGGAGGAAAAGGUCUCGGCAAAGGUGGUGCCAAACGUCAUCGCAAGAUAUUGCGUGAUAACAUUCAAGGCAUCACAAAGCCCGCUAUACGUCGUCUAGCUCGCCGAGGUGGAGUCAAGCGUAUCUCAGGGCUUAUCUACGAGGAAACUCGAGGUGUUCUGAAAGUCUUUUUGGAAAAUGUGAUUCGCGACGCUGUGACUUACACGGAGCACGCCAAGAGAAAGACUGUUACCGCCAUGGAUGUUGUCUACGCCUUAAAGAGGCAAGGGCGCACAUUGUACGGAUUCGGCGGAUAAACUCUCCAGCAACAAAAAACGGCUAUUUUCAUAGCCACAAAUCUGUUGAAAACGUUUUUUUUGGCAUGUUGUAUAUAUGUAGAAAAAAAAUCUAUCGAGGCUUUGAUUUCAAAAACACUUACUCAAGUUAAGCAAACUCAUGUUCAGAAAAGUGCCGUUAACUCAUACAUUUUUACAUGGAAUUUUUGUGGUGAAAAAAAAACAUUAAACAGACUGUAAAGUACCUCAAAGAAGCUCAUAGAAUUAAAGACAUUAGACCGGGUUAACCAAAAUUGCGAGAGUUUUUAUUCACGUUAAGAUAACCAAAUAAUGAGUAUGGGCAAUUGCUCAGUUUAAUUCAUGUAUAGUUGAUCAAUUACUGAGUUUUUUUUUUAUUUACGUGAAUAAAAAUUUGACCAAAA